AAAUCAGGCCGGGUGGAAACUCGUUUGAAUUGUGGGCAGUUGGUAACGUUUCUGUUUGGGAACGGAUUGCAGUCAUAGUUAUAGUUAUCUAAUGCGUUCUACUUGGAUUUGAGCAAACACAUGUCGCUGUCCGUUGUAUGAAUUUCUCUGAUGAUUUUAUUUAUUUAGCUAAGAUAGCUGGAUUUGUUAAAGAAGAGUACAGGAUAACGUUUUUGACGCAAAAACCAGAAAACAUGGAAAAGUGGGAGUCCACUGCACAACAAGCCACCAGUUGCCCAUUCAACCCUGUGGAAGGUGGGAUCCCAUCAUCAUGGAGUGGGACCCAGGAAGAGAGUAUUAGCCAAAAUAAAGAGCAGCCUGGCAUGGUACAGAGCAUGUACUGUAAGGAGCUUGUGCUUGGAGGUGACACAGAGUUUUCAUUUGAAGAGCUGCGUGCUCAGCGAUAUUAUCAAAGACUCAAUGAAAAAGUCUUACACUUAAACAAAGUCAAAGAAGAGCUGAAGUUUCAGAUUGAGCAGAAACAGAAACUUAUUCAAGGGAGGAGUGGUGCCAUCCAGCAUCAACAACCUGAUGUAUCACAGUGUUCCCUUCAGACUGCUGAUGUUAGCUGUGCUCCUGUUGUUCCCAAUCAGGCUGCUCCAUUGAAAGUUUAUAGUGAAAGAGAAAUAUCUAGAAACUCUGCCAUGAGAAACAACAUAAUAAACCAUGAAGACAUGGGACAAGGUACAACUGGUGUUAAGCAAAGGAGUUCACAGGCAACAAAAUCUUUUCCUAUAUAUGAUGAGAAUGUUUUGCCUGAGAAGCCAAAUACAAGAUCAUCCUCUGUGAGCCUGAAAUCUUUGAAGCUGCCCACCUCCAUUUUGAAAUCCAGACAGCCUGCAUCAGAGUGUCCCAGUGAUAAAGAUGCCUCCCUUUCACGCUCUGAGGAGGCUAUCAUCAAUGCCCACUGGAAUAAGACUCUCUGCCGAAGCCCCGAUGACACUUGUGAUUUUGUCCGUGCUGCUCAGCUGGCCUCCACACCAUUCGGAGGACCAGGAAGGCAAAACCCCUCCGAAAGAGGCCGGAUGGAAGAACAUGAAGCCCUCAACAAAACUGGUACUGUUAUCUUCAAAGAGCCAAACCCUGAGGCCAGAGCAGAGACAAAUAAACUAAGCCCGAUCCAGGAGAUCAGUCAUGAGUGGGGUUAUACCUCCUUAGCUUCCACCUAUCCUCUGGAGCCAGAAUCACAAGGAAGGGCCACAACUCACUUGGGAAAUACAGAGGUCAUUCAGCCUACCUCAGCGAAAACAGCGUCUGCUCCUGCACUCGAGACAGAGACGGAGACAGUGAAUCCAUGCAGUCUGGAUGUCAGAAAAACACUGCUUGAUAAAGUGGACCUGAGUUCUAUUGCUAACUUCAGCAGGAAAGUUGGACCUCUACCUGACCCUGAUGACCUGCAUCUUGAUGGUGAAACAUUGUUCUUCCUCAAAAAGAUGGAUGAUCAGGGAAUGUGCUUAUAUUUUUCAAGUGGUGGUAGUGUGCUCGUUAAGGUGGAUGAAUCCACAGUACCUUGGGAUUUUUAUAUUAACUCUCAACUGAGGGCCAGACUUCCUGCUGAUCUACAGCAUUGUCAUGCCCAGAGCACCUGCUACCUCUAUGAAAAUGGAUCUUUCACCUUGUGGCAGGUUCCUCAAGGGCAAACUAUUCAAGAUUUACUAGAGGACCACGUGGAUAGACAGGAUGUUCCACUUUUGGCCAUUCGGUUGUUGGAGAUGGUGAAACGGAUGCAUUCGUGUCGACUUGUUCAUGGGGCUUUGCAACCUGAAACACUAAUGGUGUGCCACAGCUGUGAGGACAGUGUUAUCUGCAUGGAUUUCUCGAAUUCGUUGGACUUGGAGCUGCAGACUGACGUGAAGACACUGCAGUCUCUUCCCUCGGCUCAGGACUAUAUUAAACAGGGUUUAUUGUCGCCCUCUGCCUCUCCUUACCAGGUGGACCUCUGUGGCAUUGCAGAAGUAGUGCACUUGCUACUGUUUGGAAAAAACAUGAAGAUAAUUAAGGAGGCAUCUUACUGGAGAUUGGCAGAGAACUCUGGACCUCUGGAUUGGCAGAGGACUCUUCACCUCAGCAACCUGCUUGGUCCUUGGCAAGAUUUUUUCCACAACCUUUUGAAUCCAGGGGACAACUCAACAGAGUUUAUUUUGUCCAACCUAAUCAACAAUUUAAAGAACACUCUCUAUGAAGGCUUGGAGUGUCAGUUUUCUCUAUAAUGUAUGCUUUUCUGUGUUUUUCUAUAUGUUUCACUCACCUGAUCUAAAAGUCAUUGUCUGUUCCUUUCACACGAUUUAUUUUUAUGUUAGUUUAAUUCAAUAAAGGAUUCAUACAUAUUCCUAA